GCUAAAAUCUUAGGGAGCGGUAGUGUAGACGUCACUUUUCAUGCGCAUAAAAAGCACAGGGCAGGGAACACUGACCAACUCAAACUCACAGUGCGAACUUGACAGUGGAAGCUCACAGUGGAAGCAGAGAUGAAUUCAUACGACAUGACGAUAACCACUCUGGACAAACCAGAGCCAGAUGUGGUGUGUAUCUUGGGGACCGGGGACCUGGGGCGCUCUCUCGGCUACCGUCUCCUCCAGAGUGGCUACAGGGUGGUGUACGGCAGCCGCAGACCUGAAAGCUGUGGCCCCGUGCCUUACGGAGCUCAGGUGAUGGAGCACGCAGCAGCAGCCCAGGCCGCCAGUCUGAUAUUUGUCUGCGUUCACAGAGAGCACUACAAAUUUCUGGUGACGUUGACACCUCAUCUUGAAGGAAAGGUGUUGGUGGAUCUCAGUAACAACCUGAAGAAAGGCAUGUACCCGGAACCCAAUGCUGUCUACAUGCAGAGUCUGGUCCCCAACGCUGCUGUGGUGAAAGGCCUUAAUACGAUGUCUGCCUGGGCCCUGCAGAACGGACUUCUGGCAGGAAAACAGGUGUACCUGUGUGGGAAUAACGUGGAAGCAAAGCACGUGGUAGCUGACUUGGCCACCAAACUGGGCGUCACUGUUCUGGAUAGAGGGUCUCUGUCAGCAGCCGGAGAGCUGGAGGACUUCCCCCUGCAGCUGUUCCAGGAGUGGAGGCUGCCUCUGCGAGUGGCUUUCGGCAUCACCGCUGCCUUCUUCGUCUAUCUGCUCAUUAGAGACAUCGUCUACGCGUAUGUAGAAGACGGAAAAGACGUCUCCUACAGAAUCAUGGUGUCGCUGGCCAACAAGGUGUUCCCGAUCGUGUCACUCAUCAUGCUGGCUCUGUGUUACCUGCCUGGCGUGUUAGCAGCCUUCUUUCAGCUCUACAAUGGGACCAAGUACAGGCGCUUCCCUAAUUGGCUGGACCGCUGGAUGCUGUGCAGGAAGCAGAUGGGUCUUAUUGCACUAGGCUUCGCUUUUCUCCAUGCCAUCUACACACUUGUCGGCCCUCUUCGAUACAGUUCCAGACAAUCACUCAUCUCCAGCGCACUUAAUGAGGUUAAGAACAACAAAACCACCCCUCUUGACUUCGAUAACACUGAGGCAUGGAGAAGGGACUCACUGCUUGCGCUGGGAAUCCUGGGCUUCUUUUUCUAUGUCCUGCUAGGAUUAACAUCUCUGCCCUCCGUGGGUGGCUCUCUCAGCUGGAGAGAGUUCAACUUUGUUCAGUCUAAGCUGGGCCACUUGACGCUGUUCAUAUGCACGUUCCAUGGCUACAUUUACGCCUGGGAUAGACCCCUUCGAGCCUCUAGUUACAAAUGGUACACUCCUCCUGGCUCCUUCCUUGUUCUGAUUGUGCCUACCGCGGUGCUGCUGCUCAAGGGGCUCCUCCUGCUUCCCUGCGUGCACUGCACCCUCAUGCGCAUCCGACAAGGCUGGGAGAGGAACCCGCCAAGGCAGAUGAUGGAUGAUAAGUCCACCAACUUGUGA